AUGAUCGUGGCCGUUUUCAUUGCGGAUUCACGCCAGGAACUCGUGUUUCAGUACCUCGUGAGCUCGGAUCUGCCCGGUUACAAAUCCUUGCGGAACCGGAUCCAGACCAUGGCUCCGACGCUCGCGGCAGAGCCGCAGGCUGGGAAGGCGAGUGUGGGCCGCAGUAUGGAAGUCUACAAGCACGUGUCGCCCAACGGGCUCGCGUUUUGGUGUGCAACGAAGCCAGGCCCGACGACGCCCGGUGCGAAGCACCCAGGUGUAGGGCACCCAGCGGAGCCGCUUGUGUUCUUACAAACGCUCGAAACACUUUUAUUACACUAUUUCGACAAAGAUCAACUGAGCGUUGCGAAAAUCCGCAACAAUUACGACCGUGUGACGAUGCUGGUAUACAGUAUGCUUGACGCAGGCGAGCCUGCAAACGUGGACCUGGGCCGUCUUCAAGAAAUGGUACCUUUGCGACGUGAUUUGGCCAAAGUCGUGAACGCGACUGCGAGCUCCUUAGGGAAACGGCUCACACAGGGCGAUUCUCACGCACUUUUUGCGUUGCCCAAUGUGCAAGGCGUGUCGUUGCCCACUGAGAAAUCCGUGCCCUGGCGUACGGCGGGGCUCGUUUUCGCGGAUAACGAACUGUACGUGGACGCGACCGAGACCGUGAACGCCGUGUUCCGACGCAGCACGCAUGGCGCACGCGACCGCACGCGGUGCGUGUCUGCGUUUCUCGAAGGUACCAUCGAUUUCAACUCGCACCUGACGGGCGACCCGACAGUGCUUGUGCGACUCGAUCUAUCGGGCCACAAGCUCGCGGUGCCCGCGCUGCACCGGUGCGUCGACACGCAGGGCACGGAUUUCCAUGCGAGUCGACUGCGAUUUGUGCCUCCCGACGGCAAGUUCCGGCUCAUGCGAUACGUGGUUGACUUGACGCCCGGCACCGCGCCUGCGUCCCACCAACACAGUCGAGCCCUCGCGAACCUGGGGCUCGUGGUCCCGGAACUUCAGUCGGCGCUCGGUGCAAACCGUGACGAAUUCGAAGUCACGCUUGACAUUGCACCUUCGACAACGGUCUCAGCCGUCGAUAAUGUCCAGGUCGCACUUCAUUUUCCGCAAUUGCCCUCGGGCGCCCGCGUCAAGGCCCUCCGGACGACACAUGGCCGCUUUGAAAACAGCGUUGACAAUCGCGACGCCCUGUGGUUACUCGACAAAACCACCAGCACGGGCACUCGGCCCGUGCUGCGUGCGUGCAUUGAAAACUCCGCUGACGACACUACUACAACAACGACUACCGCGACGACUCUACGCGUGUCCUACGCACACAAGGGCCUAUUGCCCAGCGGGAUAAAAGUCGAUGCCGUCGACAUCGUGGCCGGGCUCCCAUCCACCAUCAAACCUUUCAAAGGUGUCAAAUACCUGGUCAAAACCGGCGAUUUUGUCCUGCGAUGA